AUGGAGGGACUAGUGGGUGAAAGCUCAAAGACUCUAGUACAACGGAAUAACGUGCCCAUUAUAAACAUCGUAAAUCAUUCCCUUCUACAAGACCCAAAAGAUAUGCCAGAAACCGCUUUUGUUAUUGCUUUUUGCGUUAAAUUUAAUGAAGCUCUUGAUAAUUUACUUUUUUGGCCUGAGGACUUAGACCGAGCAUUAUGCCGUACAGAGGAAAGCCCAUUACUCGACAAAUUACACAGAUUAUUCCUUAAAAACUUAGAAAAUUCGAAUAAAAAGAUCGAAAAGAGGAAAUGGGUGACCACUUUAUCAAAAUUAAUAGACGAUCGGCUUAGAAUCAAUGAUUUUUACACUGACCACAAUCCAAUUAAGUUGGUAAAAUUUGACUAUUACAAACUUAGUGUUCGUGAUAAGGUAAUGAUUAUGCAAUGUUUAGUAAGUUGGCAGCUAAUAAGCUCCAACAAAAUUAAAGAACUUAUCAGACAACAACAUCAUGGAUUAAAUGAAGACGAGAUUCGACCGUUGGAAGUUGAAGUUCUUGGUGAGGACAGUAAAGAUGCACGAUAUUAUUAUUUGGGCAUUGGUGCGAGAAUUUAUCGUGAAACAUUAAUCACGAAUUCAGAUAAUCCAUCAAUAAUGAAUAUUAAAUGGGAAGCAAUUUCGACCACCGUUGAUGAUCUUAAAGCUUUUGUUAAUGACCGUGAUGAGAUCGACCCGGAUCGAUCGGAAAAAGAAAAGGCUCUAUACAUGAAAAUAGUAGGACAGGUUAUCCCUUAUCUUGAGCCGUUAGCAGAGGAAAAGGCACAGAUAGAAACGAAAAUGAAAAUCAGGGAUGAAAAAAGAGAAAUAGAACGAAUCCAUCAACUUAAGAAGAUUGAGCAAUUACAUGGAGAUGCCGAGAUUUUACCUACAAGAUUUCGUUCACGUAAAAACAAAUCUUCGAAUACGAUUAAUAAUGCUUCUAGAAUUAGCAUUUCUAAAGGAAAUAAUUUAUCAAACGAAAACAGUGCUAUUAAAACUAGUAAUUCAUCAAACGAAAACAAUGAUGUUAAAAUUAAUAAUUUAUCAAACGAAAACAGUGCUAUUAAGUCUUCAUCCGGUAAUUUAGAUUUAUGCAAUAACAUCAUUACUGAUGAUAAUGAAAAUAAUAUUUCUAUUUCUUCUACUAUCGCUAAUGAUCAUGAAAACGAUGAUCAAAACAAAAGAAAUAUUAAAAGGAAUAAAGCCAAAAGCGUUAAUAAAGGCAAAAAACCGAUCAACAAAAUCACAUCAUCGGAUGAAAAAUCGGUUGACUCAGGACCGAUUUCCGAUCAAGUUAUUUUGGAUGAUAUUAAUGGAAACAUUUUGAAUAAUGGUGAUGAUCCUAUGAUUGGAUCCUCGAAAAAUGUGCGAAUUAGGAAUAAACGACGUAAAGAAAAUCAUUCUCAUGAAAACGACCUAAAUUUUAUUGAUUGCUCAAAUGAGAAAAAUGUAGCUACAGAUAUUAAUUUCGAUGAUAUACCUAGUCUUUUGACGAUUAAAAAUGAUUACGGAAGUUGCGCUCGUCGAAUAAAACCCAUCACUGACGCAAAUAAGGCAAAAAAUAAAUUAACUUGUAGUGAAAAUAUGAUUGAUAAAUUUAAAUUAGAAGCAUCUUUAGCAUCCUUAGCAUCAUUGGAAGCCUCUCAAUCUUCCCCAGAUAUGGUCGAGUUAAGUACCCCUUCGAUGGAAAGAGACGAAAGAGAUGAAAGAGACUACAGUGAUCCCGAAACCACCAAUGAGAUUAGUAAUCACGUGAAUGAAAGACCAUGUGAAAAUGAAAAUACGCAAAAAACGUCAAAGAUGGCAUUGGACAAUUUGCUAAUUCAUGAACCCUCUAAUGAAAUUAUGACUCUUGACGUAUUUAAUUCAAGAAAUUCCUUGUCUAUCAAUGAUAAUAUCUAUGAUAUCGAAUCAAAAAUCCUUUAUAAUGGAUCAGAUCAAACUUCGUUAAACGCUCUUGCUACUGUUGCAUCCAUGGUUCCUCCCGUUAGAACAGAUAGAGCAUCUGUCAAUGAUACGAAUAACGAUUCAUUAAUGGAUAAAAACAAUGAUAAUUUAGAACUAGAGAAUAAAAUAAAUGAUUCUUCACACCUAAGUAGAAACAAGACUUCGGUCGCCUCUCUACUUAAUAAUAAUGAAGAAAUAUCCACCAAUCAAGAAAAUUCUACCGAUCUCAUGCCUUCAUAUGCAAAUAUAGACAAUAUAAAUGUAGAAGAAAAUUCAGGUGUAAACAAGAGUCAAAAGCUUUUAAGUGAUUCACCAUCUGAAGAUUUUAACAAGGUUUCGAAAAAGAAUAAACAACCAACUGAUGAUUCAUGGCUGACCUCCAAGAGAGUUAAGACCGUCGAUAGUCCAACGACCACGACUUCCAGGAAUGUAAGUUUUGCUCCCGUCCAUAAUCUACUCGGAUGGUCGUUGGACCAUGAGUUCUUCGAAGGGCAAACGAGUGACGAAGAGGAUCAAAACUCAGUAGAUGAGGUAUUUGGGAUUCCAGGGGAGACCGAUCUUUCAGAUGUUGGAUCUGAAGAUACGGUCUUCACGGAGAGUUAA